AUGACAUCCCUCGACGCCAAAGACAUUGAGGGCGUGCCCGACUGGAGAGCCGCGGAUGAGGCGGAAAAGCAACUCGAAGACGAAAAGGCUCCCCCUGCCCUGGAGAAUGACCCCUUCGGUGCUGAGGAAAUCGCGGAGGUAAAGUACAAGACUUUGGAUUGGUGGCAAUCUGGAAUUCUCAUGAUCGCCGAGACGGUAUCACUAGGUGUUCUUUCCCUACCUGCCACGGUUGCCUCGGUUGGCUUCGUUCCGGCAAUUAUCUUAAUUGUUGGCCUCGGCGUCGUCGCCACAUAUUCCGGCUAUGUUAUCGGACAGUUCAAAGCACGAUAUCCGUUCAUACAUAGUAUGGCUGAUGCAGCAUUUUUAAGUAUCUUCUCCGCAAUGAUGAUCACGAUGAUUGGCGUCGGAGUGCAACGCCCUGGAGAUGGCAAAACUGAAGUGGUUCACCAGACCAGUUUUGUCAAAGGUUUCACUGCGGUAACCAACAUUGCCUUUGCCUAUUGUGGUCACCCAGCCUUUUUCGGCUUCAUCUCGGAAAUGAAGAAUCCCCGCGACUACCCUAAAUCCCUAUUCAUGCUGCAGGGAUUUGAGAUCGUCAUGUACACCAUCAUUUCUGCUGUGAUUUAUAACUACGCAGGGAAAGGCGUGACCUCUCCUGCUUUGGGGUCCACAGGUCCCAUCCUCCGAAAGGUCUCCUAUGGAAUUGCUAUGCCCACAAUCGUCAUCGCUGGAGUGGUGCUAGGCCACGUUGCGAUCAAGAACGUAUAUGUUCGUCUGUUUCGCCACACCGAUAUUAUGCACAAGCGUAACUUCCGUGGUAUCGGUGCUUGGGUCGGGCUGGCUUUGGCAUUCUGGGUCAUUGCGUGGGUCAUUGCCGAGGCGAUUCCAGUGUUCAAUAACCUUCUCAGUCUAGUUAGUGCUCUGUUUGCCAGUUGGUUUUCAUUCGGUCUUCCAGGCAUCUUCUGGCUCUACAUGCACUGGGGAGAUUAUUUUACCUCCCCAAAGAAGAUCCUCCUUACCAUGGCGAACGUGGGAUUGGCCAUAAUCGGCACUACCAUCUGCGUAUGCGGACUCUGGGUUUCCGGUGUGGCCAUUCACAAUGAUGGUUCCAAGAGCAGCUUCUCAUGUGCGAAUAACGCAUGA